AUAGAAGCCCUCUUGAUGCAGAUCAUUCUAGCGUGACACUUCAAGAUACCCCCCUCUCUCUUAAUAUGGCGUUCAACUAGUACUUCAUAUUCUUUUUUUUUCCAUUUUUGUCAAAUAUUUUCUGUCGAUUAUAUGCAUAUAGAACAUUGGUGGGCGGCACGUGUUAUACAAUAUUGACCUCUGUCCCCAACUUCGAUAUACCACCGCGACUUCGCCUCUCUGAAUGCAAAUCUCCUCCCUCGACACAGGGUAUAUAAAACGCUAGUUGAAUCUACCACUAUGCAAGGAUCUUUCUGUACCUCUCUCAGGAGUCGUCAGGUCUGGAGGGUGCUGGAACCUGUCCUGAGUAGCUUUUCCCCAAAGCUCCAAGAGUGCCACCUUGGAGGUCAUGAUUUCGACUUCCAUGACUUGUCGGCCAUGGUUCCUCUCCGAGUUGUCCUUCUCACCUCCUCAUGCCUCGACGACUCCAACAAGCAGGAAACCCAUGCACGACUACAGCGACUGUCUCAUACAACAGACAUACAUCACGCUGCUGUUGCCCUUCUGCUCUCUGACGAGCCCUUUGCUCUUGCUAGUGAGCGAUACAACCUGGAAGGGCUUAUGGGAUUACAGGUUUUAAUGGCCGAGUCUCAAGGAGAUCCCCUCCCCGUCAUCCCGAUUGCCGAUGCAUCGAGCUUUUUUUCCUCCGUCCACGACUACUAUACCGGCCGGCUAGCCACCGUUCCCAUCUCCAGCCCCUCUCCUUCGCGUUCCAUUUCGCUCAUGGCGCAUGCCACAUGCUCCGCGCCUCUCAACGAGCAAGAUACACACAUCCUGAGUGACCUGUUUCCGUCUCUGCCGGCGCUGAGCCAAGCAACUCGCUCCCGGGAGGGACGCGCAAUCCUGGACGACUACUUUGGCAGCAUCGGAGGCUCUAUCUUGCAGUUCUGGGGUGGCAGUUUUCCUCAUUAGAUACUCCACUGCGACUCGUAAUGCCCAAGCAAUAUCUAAACUCUAGACCACUCGGGCGAAUCAUUCUGCCUGACGGUCGCUGCCAGAUGACGUCUUGUGUGCUAUUCUUAACCUGCCACCGCCACAAACUGCCAGCCUAAGGCAUCAACAGUCUGAGAUUUCCACCCACCACCCAGCAAGGGGCCUCUGUAUGCAAAUAGACAAAAAAUAAGAAAUAGAAGCA